UUCAAAUAUGGCAGGAUCUUCUGGAGCAGCGCCGGAUUUUAGUGCUUAUGGAGCCACAGGAGGUGCAGUGAAUGAGGCUUACGGCUAUGGACAGCCCGCUUAUGGUGGGGCUGCUGCUCUAGGUUAUGGAUAUGGAACAUCUGCAUUUGGGGCAGCCUUUCCUGCCGACAUGAGUUCACCGUUGGAUGCUGAAAUUCAAAUUGUUUUGAGGGAAAUCCAUGGAGAGGUUCAAUUAUUAGAGCAAUCUGGUGAAUAUGGAGAACAAUUUAAGAAUGCAAGGCGUCUUUUGGCAACGGAAGCAACAAAACUUGAGAAUAACAUUGAUCCUGAAUGGCUUGAAGUUGAUAUAAAUAAACCUAUUAAAGUCACAAAGAAAAUUUUGGUUCCAAGUUUUCGUCAUCAAAAGUUCAAUUUUGUUGGUAAAGUUCUCGGUCCAAAGGGGACGACAUUGCAAAAUAUUGCCAAAACAUAUAAAUGUCAUGUUUACAUUCUUGGACGUGGAAGUACUCGUGAUAGAGCAAAAGAGCAGGAAUUGUUAGCAGGAGGCGAUCCACAAUACGCGCAUUAUGGCGGUCCUCUUCACGUCAAAGUUGAGACAACAGCUCCGCCAGCAGUAGCAUAUCAACGAGUUGCAGGUGUUCUCAAUGUUCUUUCGGAAUUACUUCAACCAGUCAAAGACACGCAUAUUGAAGGUAUCACAACUGAACCGAACCCAACAAAACAAGAUGACGACGGGGAAGGUAGCGGUGGUGAUGGAGGUGACGGUGAUAAGAAGAAUGGAGCAGAUUCUCCUGGAGGACCGAUGAGAAGUUCAAUACCUCCUCGAUCGCGCGGUGGUCAUGGUCAUGGAGGUGGUGGAGGAGGUUAUCCUCCUCGUGGUCGUUUAAGUGCUACUACUAAUAUGCUUCAGCGUGGUUUUAUUCCCCGAGGACGUGCUUCAAUGCCUGUCAAAACACAUUCUUCUGGAUUCAAACCGUAUUGA